AUGUUUUCUUCACUAACGAGAAUAUUCUCUCCACUAAGCCAGCCUUUUGCUUUUGCUAGGGUGGCACAAUCAUCGGCAAAGAGAUUUGGUCAUGAAUUAGCACCAAGAUACAAACAAGUAAGGAAGAAACAAAAGGGUAGAGUCACUGUCCGUACUGGUGGUUCAAUCAAAGGUACUACAUUGGAAUUUGGGACCUACGGUAUGCGUUUGAAAAGUGAAGGCCUAAGGCUAACUGCUGCUCAGCUUCAGGCUGCUGAUAAUGUGUUGAUCAGAUUUGUGAGAAAAGCACAGGGAACAUAUUGGAAGAGGUUAUGCACCAACAUUGCAGUUUGUAUAAAGGGUAAUGCAACCCGUAUGGGUAAGGGUAAAGGUCCGUUUGAUCACUGGGCAGCCAGAGUUCCAACUGGUAAAGUUGUAUUCGAAGUUGACGGCAUGCACCGUCAUGCAGCGAAGGACGCAUUAAGAAGAACUUGUGAGAAACUUCCAGGAAUCUGGGAGUUCAUUGAUAAAGAUACGCCAGCUAAAAGUGGAUUCAGUCGUGUUGAAGAACCUGAAAGUGUUAAUUAUCUAGAAAAGGCAAAGGAAAAUCCCUCCAGAAAAUUUGCAAAUUUCUUGAAAUCUAGGUCAGAAGAAUUUUCUAAAUUUAAUGGUCGUAAGUAA